AGGUGGCGUGGCGGGGCCGGCGCUAGCGAUGAUGCCGUUUCCGGUGCCGGCCCCGGGAUCACAACAGACGCCGCCGCGCGAGCACUGCGGCAUCUCCUCGCCCAUCAGCUUAGCGGCCCCCAAGGAGCCUGACUGCGUACUUACCCAGAAGUUAAUUGAAACCCUGAAGCCCUUCGGGGUUUUUGAAGAGGAAGAGGAACUGCAGCGCAGGAUUUUAAUUUUGGAAAAAUUAAAUAAGCUGGUGAAGGAGUGGAUACGAGAGAUCAGUGAAAGCAAGAGCCUUCCACAAGCUGUAGUUGAAAACGUCGGCGGGAAGAUCUUUACGUUUGGCUCGUACAGAUUAGGAGUGCACACGAAAGGUGCUGAUAUUGAUGCGUUGUGCGUUGCACCGAGGCAUGUUGAUCGAAGCGACUUUUUCACCUCGUUCUAUGACAAAUUGAAACUACACGAAGAAGUAAAAGACUUAAGGGCUGUUGAGGAGGCGUUUGUACCAGUUAUUAAGCUGUGUUUUGAUGGUAUAGAGAUUGAUAUUUUGUUUGCAAGAUUGGCACUGCAGACUAUUCCAGAAGAUUUGGACCUAAGAGAUGACAGUCUGCUUAAAAACUUAGAUAUUAGAUGCAUAAGAAGCCUAAACGGUUGCCGGGUGACGGAUGAAAUCUUACAUCUCGUCCCAGACAUUGACAACUUCAGGUUAACUCUGAGAGCCAUCAAACUGUGGGCCAAAUGCCACAAUAUCUAUUCCAAUAUAUUAGGCUUCCUAGGAGGUGUUUCCUGGGCCAUGCUGGUAGCAAGAACUUGCCAGCUCUACCCAAAUGCAAUCGCAUCCACUCUUGUGCGUAAGUUUUUCUUGGUAUUUUCCGAAUGGGAAUGGCCAAAUCCAGUGCUGCUGAAAGAGCCUGAAAUGCAGAAUCUUAAUUUGCCUGUAUGGGACCCGAGAGUAAAUCCCAGUGAUAGGUACCAUCUUAUGCCCAUAAUCACACCGGCGUACCCACAGCAGAACUCCACAUACAACGUGUCUGUUUCAACAAGGCUGGUCAUGAUCGAGGAGUUUAAACAAGGGCUUGCUAUCACACAUGAAAUUCUGCUGAGUAAGGCAGAGUGGUCCAAGCUUUUUGAAGCUCCAAGCUUCUUUCAAAAGUACAAGCAUUAUAUUGUACUUCUAGCAAGUGCACCAACAGAAAAACAGCAUCUAGAAUGGGUGGGCUUGGUGGAAUCAAAAAUCCGAAUUCUGGUUGGAAGCUUGGAGAAGAAUGAAUUUAUUACUCUGGCGCAUGUGAAUCCUCAGUCAUUUCCGGCACCUAAAGAAAAUCCUGACAAGGAAGAAUUUCGUACGAUGUGGGUGAUUGGGUUAGUGUUAAAAAAGCCAGAAAACUCUGACGUUCUCAGUAUUGAUCUCACCUAUGAUAUCCAGUCUUUCACAGAUACAGUUUAUAGGCAAGCAAUAAAUAGCAAGAUGUUUGAGAUGGAUAUGAAAAUUGCUGCAAUGCAUUUAAGAAGAAAGGAACUUCACCAGCUACUGCCUAAUCAUGUGCUUCAGAAACAGAAAACACAUUCAACGGAAGGUGUCACUUUAACAUCUUUGAGUGACAGCAGCCUUGACUUGUCUACAGACAGGGAAGACAGCAUGUCUGUGCCUUCACCUACUAGCACUAUGAAGACUGGCCCAGUGACUGGCAGCUCUCAGGGCAGAAAUAGUCCUGCUCCUGCUGUAAUGGCAGCAUCUGUGACUGCCGUACAAGUUACUGAAGUUUCCUUGCAACAGGUGAAUCCCGGUGAAAGCUUAGGGGGUGCAUCGAGCGAAAGCAUUCCUCAGACUGCCUCACAGCCAGCCCUUCUUCCACCACCGAAGGCCACAGUUGCCAGAGUUGUUUCUUCAACACGUCUGGUAAACCAUCCGCCCAGGCCUUCAGGGAGCACUGCGACAAACAUAGCUAAUCCUAUAGUGGGAGUCUAGCAGACAUUCUCACUGCAUAAAGGACCAAGGAAACUAAAAGAAGAGGAACAGUCUCAUAAAGAGACAAGUACAACUCUGUUAGAAACUCUUCAGACAGUGGAUGGCCUCAUGGCAGACAUCCAGUACAGAACUUACUAGUAUCCCAGCUCUCCCUGCAAAUCCUGUUCCUGUUCCCAAGAAUUCAGUAAGACAGACUGAACUGAUAAAAACAGCCUCAAGAGUCCAUAAACUGUAUCUGCCAACUCAACUUGUCGUCUUCAAGUGCUAAAGGAGGAGAGUGAAGGGUACCAAACUAGAUUUGACUAAACUAGAUUUAGCCUUAUUUGGUAACUUCCCUUACUUGGCUAAUCUUGAUCAGAAGUCCAGGCUACUAUAUGAUGCUAGAAGUACUAUCAUAAAUGCGUCAGCAGCAGUUAUAGUAACUAUUUUAAAGGACGACUGCCCAUGGAGAGAAAAACGAGAAACCCUCCGGCUAUAUUUGUACCCAUGCAUGACAUCUGGACUGGAUUUAUGUUUGAUGCGUUGUUGGGAAAAUUUGCAAUACAAACUGGUAUCAGAAUUCCUUAUACUGAUGAUGCACUUUAUGUAUAUUUUUAUUAGAAAGUAGAACUAAUUUUAAGCUUUUCAGCUUGAUGCAUUUUAGUUUUUUUCCUGAAGAGUUUUCUUCAUUAUUAAUUGUCAAACUGGAUGCCAUUGUGUAGUGCGUACCAAACGUCAGAAAAAGCAUAAAAAUCCAUCUACCUCGGUCCCCAUGAGGUAGCUGUAAUCCUUUAAAAUGAAGUGUCAGCUCAUAGGGUAUAUAUUUGACAUUGAAACAGUGAUUAGUAAGUCUUUGCUUUUGUCGGGACGCAAUCAAGAAAUAAUAUGUUGGUUUUAUCUGUGGAAUUGUUUUAGAGUGCAUACAAUCAGCAAUCAAACAGCAAAUACUGUGUCAGAACUAACAAACCUCCAUAUUCUCUUGUCCUUAAGGAUUUGUCCUAAAACAAAAAAGCUUUUUGCCUCCCCUCCCUUCUUUAUGUUUGUAUGUAGAUUCAUAAAAAAAACCUCAGAAUGCUAGUGUAUUCUUAACCAUUAUGUGAAACCCACAAUCCUGUGGCCACAUGGUACAAAACACUAGAUUUUGGUUCCAUGGCUAAUAUUUCACUUCACUGAACGUAAUGAAUUGGGAUACAGUUAUUGGUCUUGGAUGGCUGUUGGAGCUAUACAUAUGAGAAAUUUGUAUGCUCCACAGAGUAUCUGCUUAUGGUAAAGUUAAUUUCCAAUUUAAACAUGUCAGCAAAAAGGCAUUUUCCCCAAAAUAUUUAAACCAAUUUUUAUUUUUAAAGGA